AGAGUGGGGGCUUUGGAAAUGAAAUACGUGAGGCUUCGCAAGUGCAUGCUUAAGCAGGAUGAAUCAAGCUCUGGAGUAGUACUGGAGGAGACCCAAGAGCAAGAGAGCAGACUCAAUGGCAGCAAAGAGUCUGCAAUUAACACCCAGAAGGUGAAAAGACUAGUGGAAGCCAUGCACAGAGUCAUCACUACUAGGGAGCGACGACAGUCUUCUUUUUUUGCUUCUCCUGCUGCUGCUGCUGCUGCUAAUAAGUAUGCUUGA